UGGAGGUGACAUGUGGAUGAAUGCUUUUUAAUACAUCUGACUCCAAUGUGGUAAACCAUACUCUCACCUGACUGGGAUGGCUCGAAGACAAUCUGCGGUCUCCUACCAGGAGGAAAGCGUGCUCAGCCAAUUAACUGUUAAAGUCAUAAAAGCAUCAAACAUCCCAUGGGCAGACUUGAUGAGCAAUGCUGACUGUUAUGUGAGUUUGUGGCUCCCGACUGCCACUAAUAGUGAGUUGAAGACAGCCACCGUGUCAAACUGCAGUUCUCCUGUCUGGAAUGAAACAUUUGAGUAUACCAUCAGCAAUAAAGUCAAGAAUGUGAUUCAUUUGAAUCUUCACGAUGAGGAUGUGAUCUCUGGGAAUGAUCUGUUAUAUAUUGUGGCUUUUGAUGUGGGGAAUGUCCUCGUUGGAGAAACUAAGCUGAAGACUUUUUGUCUAGACCCUAAAGGAGAACAGACUUUGGAUGUAGAAUUCACUGUGCAGCGAAUAGCACGUGGUCGUGAGAAAAUUGUGACGAAUGGAGUGCUUGUGUCCAGAGAGAUGUCCUGUCUUGAAAUAUCUGUUGACAAGCAGAGGAUCCCAGAGAACUUACUCGGUGGCUAUCUUUCUUUAUCAGUGGAGGAUUCUUGUGAAAGGAAGUUCAGAAUGGAGCUAAAGUCUGCCACAGGCAGUGAUCACACAUACACCUGCAAAUUUUAUUGCAUCAGGAAGUGGGACCCUCAGCUCAUAGCCCAAUUAGAGGGUACAAAUGAUCAGUGUCUUCAAGUGGUUCCAGUGAAGGACCUUACUGUUGGCCAGGAAGAAAAGAUCCACCUUUCUACAGUACCAGUUUAUGCAAAUUGCUGGUGCUUCCGCUGCUUCCUUCCCCUGCGCUGGAUUCAGCCAGGAGGAUCUUCAGCUUUAAGCCAAACUGAGGCUGAGGGGACCUCAAGUUGCUGGUCACCAGUGAUCUUCCUUAAAGCUCGAAGACUCUUCUGGAUGCUUAAGGCCAGACCAUUGGAAGUGAAACUCAAAGCUAUAAACUGCACAGAAAAGCCGAACAUCCGUCUGGGGUUUGGGAUCUGUAAUGAUGAAAUUAGUUUCCGCUCAAAACGGAAAAAGCUUGUUGCUGACGCAUUAAAGAAAGUUUUGAAGCUUGACCGAGACCUGCAAGAGCACGAGGUUCCUGUGAUCGCUCUUUCAGCGACAGGUGGAGGUUUGAGGGCAAUGGUUUCACUUCUUGGAACCCUGUUAGCGCUGAAGAAAUUGAAUCUCUUGGACUGUGUUUCCUACAUCACUGGUUUAUCUGGAUCCACGUGGGCAAUGAGUAAAUUAUAUGCAGAUGCCAACUGGUCACACAAAGAUCUAACUGAAACAAUAAAAGAUGCUCGCAGGAAUGCGACCAAAAGCAAGAUGUCUGCCUUUUCCUUUGAUAACCUAUCUUUCUACAAAGCUGAACUGAACAAGAGGGCAGAAAUGGGUUAUAAGACAUCCUUCACAGAUUUAUGGGGCCUGGUCAUUGAAUCCACGAUGUAUGAUAAGGUGAAUGAAAAUAAGCUGACAGAUCAGAGGCAAGCUGUGUGUAAUGGACAGAACCCUCUCCCUUUAUAUGUGGCCAUGAAUGUCAAACCGAAAGUGAACUCCACGUUGGAUUAUAAAGAAUGGUGUGAAUUCUCCCCCUAUGAAGUCGGACUUCUGAAAUAUGGAGCCUUCAUACGUUCAGAAGACUUUGGCAGUGAAUUCUUCAUGGGGAAAAAAACAAAAGAUCUUCCAGAGUCCAGGAUCUGCUAUCUUCAGGGGUUGUGGAGCAAUGUCUUUUCAAUUAAUCUGCUGGACGCCUGGUAUGCGGCUAUAAGCUCUGAAAGCUUUUGGCACAGAUUCACCAGGGACAAUGUGCUUGACGUGGAUGAUGAAGAAGCCAUACAGAGGAGAAAACUCACAGCGUGCCUGGACACCCGUCUUCUACAACCAGCUGGGGAGUUCAGCAACACAGUGCGAAGUGUUCUUACUAACCGCCCCCUUGAUGGAGAGCAUCAUAAUUUUCUACGAGGAUUACAGAUGCAUUCCAAAUAUGUCACAGAGAACGGCUUCUGUGCAUUUGAUUGCACAGAAUUGGAUACUUCCCCAAACCACCUGACCCCUUGUGCAGAAGAUCUCUGUCUGGUGGACUGCGCAUAUUACAUCAAUGCAAGCUUCCCUCCGCUAUUACGAGAAGAGCGCAGUGUGGACAUGAUCAUGUCAUUUGACUAUGGACUCGUAGAUAAGUUCAAAACAGUGGAGCAAACUGAAAAAUACUGUUCUGUUCACAAGCUCUUUUUCCCCAAAAUUGAAAUAAGUGAAGAAGACAAGCAGAACCCCAAGGAAUGCUACGUUUUCGCAGACUGCGACUACCCAGACUUUCCCGUCAUCAUGCACUUUCCAUUAGUAAAUGACACAUUCAAGAAGUACAAACAGCCAGGAGUUGAGAGGGAAACCGAUCAGGAGAAGGAGGAAGGAGACGUUCCCUUGUCUGGCCUGGCUUCACCUUACAAAGUGUUUCGAUUCACAUACACUGAAGAAGAUUUUGAUAAACUGAUCAAACUGACAGAAUACAACGCCCUGAACAGCGAGGAAAUGAUUCUGCAGACCUUGCGUACCACCAUAGAACGCAAACAGAAACGUAGGAGCUGCAACGUCUGAACCACAGAAACCGUGAGCCAAAACACAGAUCCAUCCUCGCUAGAUUGUACAUAUGGGUCAGGAACAAAAUUUGCUUUCAAUCAGAAUACAUCCAACUGUCUAAUUCUUUCCAAAUCU